AUGAAACCAGCAGAUAUUCAUGAUGAAGCUAUGAUUAACAAAAAAAAAAAAAAAAAUCACUUCAAAUUGCAUAUAACCAUAAUAUGUUCUCAAUUGGAUAGUGUGACAAAGGUUUUUAAGAUGAUGCCACAAAGGGAUGUCGUUUCAUGGAAUACAGUAAUUGCAGGGAAUGCAAAUGGAAUGUAUGAAGAAGCUUUGAGGAUGGUUAGGGAGAUGGGGAAUGCCAACGUGAAACCUGAUUCAUUUACUUUGUCGAGCGUACUUCCUAUAUUUGCGGAGUAUUUGGAUAUCAUGAAAGGAAAGGAGAUUCAUGGAUAUGCUAUUAGACAUAGGUUUGAUUCUGAUUUGUAUAUAGGUAGUAGUUUGAUUGAAAUGUAUGCCAAAUGUGCUCAGAUUGAAGAUUCAUGCCAUGUAUUUAAUCUGUUGCCUCAAAGAGAUGAUAUUUCUUGGAAUUCGAUUAUUGCAGGGUGUGUACAGAAUGGUAUGUUUGAUGAAGGUCUGAAGUUAUUUCGUCGAAUGUUAAUGGCUAAAGUAACACCAAGAGAAGUUUCAUUUUCUAGUAUUAUGCCGGCUUGUGCUUACUUGACAACACUGCAUUUAGGAAAGCAACUUCAUGGUUACAUAAUUCGGGGUAGAUUUGAUGGUAAUGUGUUUAUAGCCAGCUCACUUGUUGAUAUGCAUGCCAAAUGUGGAAACAUCAACGCCGCUAGGUGGAUUUUUGAUCAAAUGGAACACCAUGACAUGGUUUCAUGGAAAGCGAUAAUCAUGGGACAUGCUUUUCAUGGACAUGCCUAUGAUGCCCUUUCAUUAUUCGAGCAGAUGGAAAAGGAUGGGGUGAAACCUAACUAUGUAUCUUUUAUAGCUGUCUUUACUGCUUGUAGUCAUGCUGGAUUGACAGAUGAAGCUUGGAUGCAUUUCAAAAGUAUGAGCCAGAAUCAUGGUAUUACACCUGGCUUGGAACGCUAUGCUGCUAUAGCAGACCUUGGUCGUGCAGGAAAGUUGAAGGUAGCUUAUGAAUUCAUCUCUAGCAUGCAUAUUGCACCUAUAGGCAGUAUUUGGUCAACGCUACUAUCUGCUUGUAGAGUCCAGAAUAACCUUGAGUUGGCUGAAAAGGUUGCCAAUGAAAUAUUUAAAGUUGAUCCAGAGAAUGUGGGAGCUCAUAUUCUGAUGUCAAAUAUGUAUGCAGCUGCUUGUAGAUGGAAAGAUGCAGCAAAGAUGAGAAUCUUUAUGAAGAAAAAAGGCAUAAGAAAGGAACCAGCUUGCAGUUGGAUAGAAGUUAAAAACAGGGUUCAGACUUUCAUUUCAGGAGAUAAAUCACAUCCUCUUUAUGACAGAAUAUUUAAGGCAUUGAAAGAUCUUAUGGAGAGGAUUGAACGAGAAGGGUAUAUUCCUGACACAAAUGAGGUUUUCCAUGAUGUUGAGGAGGAGCAGAAGAAAUACUUGCUAUUUAGCCAUAGUGAGAGAUUAGCUUUAGCUUUUGGCAUCAUUAGCACUCCUGCUGGGACAACAAUUCGAAUAACCAAGAACAUUCGUGUUUGUGUGGACUGCCACACAGCUAUAAAGUUCCUGUCAAAGAUUACUCAAAGAGAGAUAAUCGUGAGGGAUAAUAGCAGAUUUCACCAUUUCAAAGACGGAGAGUGUUCAUGCAGAGAUUAUUGGUAACAGGCCGAAAAUGAAAUGAUGUUGAGAUCCAAACCAUUGAUCAUCUACAAGCUGA